CCAACCGCGCAUUAACCAGUGUACGCGGACGGCCAGGGCCGUCAAUGCCGAAGCGCUCUCGCGAGGACCGGCUGUGGGGCUGGCUGGUGCCCCACAACCCGCUGUGCGGCGGCCCGGCCCCUCUCCGCGGGCGAACCGUCAUCAUCGGCCGAGAGGGCGACGUGCGAGCACCGUGCAACCCGCAUCUCUCGAGGCGCCAAAUCCGGCUCGAGCGAGAGGAUGACGGCAGGGUCUACGCGACGCACCUCUCCGAGACGAACCACACCUGGCUCAACUGCAAAAAAAUGGAGCGUGGUCAGCGGAUCCUCGUCGAGCCGUGUGAGGGCAACAAGCCACAUCAGCUGAGAGGCGAGGCGCCGGACGCGCCACUCCUCUUCGUCAGCGUCGUGCACGCCUGCGCGGCGCGCGCAAUGCUCGAGGAUAAGCGGCUCGAGGGCUGGUGCGGCUGGUCGCUCCGCCUCGAGCCGGAGAGAGACCGCAGCGCUGCGGCGGCGGCUUCCGUGCCUCUGGCCGUCGCGCCGUCUCUGGCGGCGGCGGCGGCGGUGGCGCCGGCAGCGGCUCCGGCGGCGGCAGCGAUGGUAGUCCACGAGGAGGUGCGCACGCCCGCCGCUCCGCCGACGGCGGUGCUCUGCCCCGAGGAGCCGGUCACGAAGGAGACCAUCUUUCGCGGUGUGCGGCUGCUGCUGGCGGUGCGGCUGGGCAAGGAAGUGAUGGGGAACGUGGUGCGGCGCGGCGGCGGAGAGGUCGUGGGCGACGUGCGCGAGGAGGCGGUUGUGAGCGAGGUGCGACAGGCGACGCACCUGGCGCUCGAGUCGAACCGCCGCCCCUCCGAGCUGCCGCUCCUCGCCGCGGUGCCGCGGGCGAGCUGGCCGCGGAUCGUGACGCAGGAGUGGGUCGGGAACUGCUCCAAGGUCUUGUCGGCCGACUGCACGCGACUCGAGGUGGUGCUCGAGGCCUUCACCGCCCUGAGCAGCUGCUACAAGGCCCACAAGCACCAGGCCGACAACGGGGAGAAGAAGGGGCGAGAGUACCACUACCGCCAGGUGCUCACCAGCCUCGAGACCUACCUCCCCGACGAGUUCAACGCCGCAUACCUGCGCGCGCUCGGCCCGCUGCACGGCGUCGGGAAAGAGACGAUGGAGAAGCUGCACGAGCUCUACCGCACGGGCCGCCUCGCGCGCUACGAGAAGCUCGCAAACGACCCGAUGAUGGUGGCGCUGCGCGACCUCAAGCGCGUGUGGGGGGUGGGCAAGGUGCGCGCGUGGGAGCUGAUCGAGAAGCACGGCGUCCGCUCUGUGGAGCAGCUCAAGGCGCGGCCCGCCCUCGCCUCGGAGAUCUGGGGAGAUCUGGGGAGAUCUGGGGAGAUCUGGGGAGAUCUGGGGAGAGCCCCGGCCCUUUGGGACUGCACCCACACUGGACUCGGCACUCUGGAGGAGGGGACCAAGCACUACCUCGCCCACUUCGAGGAGCUCAACACGCCAUUCCCGCGGCGCGAGGUCGAGCAGCACGAGGCGCGUGUCGCCGAGCUCGCGCGGCGGGCGCACCCGCGGCUGCGCGCCCUCGCCACGGGAUCCUACCCCUAG